CGGAAGCGGAAGCGGCGGCGGCGGGGCGGGGGGCGCCAAGAUGGCGUACCAGACGUUCCGGCAGGAGUACCUGCAGGUGCCGCCCGUGACGCGGGCCUACACCACGGCCUGCGUGCUCACCACCGCCGCCGUGCAGCUCGAGCUGAUCACGCCCUUCCAGCUGUAUUUCAACCCCGAGCUCAUAUUUAAGCACUUUCAGGUAUGGAGGUUAAUCACAAACUACUUAUUCUUUGGACCAGUUGGCUUUAAUUUUUUAUUUAACAUGAUCUUUCUAUACCGUUACUGCCGAAUGCUUGAAGAAGGCUCUUUCCGAGGUCGGACGGCAGACUUUGUAUUUAUGUUCCUUUUUGGAGGACUUUUAAUGACUCUUUUUGGCCUGUUUGUAAACCUGGUUUUCUUGGGUCAGGCGUUCACGAUAAUGCUGGUGUAUGUGUGGAGCCGGAGGAAUCCCUACGUCCGCAUGAACUUCUUUGGUCUUCUCAUUUUUCAAGCCCCAUUUCUACCGUGGGUAUUGAUGGGCUUUUCACUGCUUUUGGGGAACUCCAUCAUCGUGGAUCUUCUGGGCAUUGCAGUUGGGCAUAUAUAUUUUUUCUUAGAGGAUGUCUUUCCCAAUCAGCCUGGUGGAGGAAGGCUUCUGAGAACACCAUCUGUCCUGAAAGCAAUAUUUGAUACGCCAGAAGAUGAUCCUAAUUACAAUCCCUUGCCAGAAGAACGGCCAGGAGGAUUUGCGUGGGGAGAAGGUCAACGCCUUGGAGGCUAACAGGUGGCUGUGCCAAAACCCAGCGACAACUGGGAGAGACUAACCUGAUGUUCUGUACCGGGGAGUCCCUCGUUCCCCAUCGUGGAAAGAACACUUUUCAACAGCUCUAUGGUUUUGAAUACAAGCACUUUAUGAAAUGGCAGUCUAAUCCAAGAUGCUUCCAGGCUACCAGUGUCUUCCCUUGUCGGGGAAUUUAUUGUGCUGGUAACGCAAAUAUUAAUCCAGUGGAGCCAAAAAAACUAAAACUGGAAACCAUUUCCUGUCAACUUCAGUUAACAAGACCAUGAGUACUUGUUUGAAGUGAUUUCUAAAGCAUUUUUUCAAGUUAUUUGAUACAGGAAACUAUAUGGGAAACUUUGCAGGGGACAAAAAAAAACACAUUUUUUAACUUUUUUUAUUCUUGGAUAAAACAGCUACAAGAUGGUUGGAAGUGUAAGUCCCUGUUUCAAUGGCAAAAGUUUCUUAGUCUGAGAUGCUAACGUCUCCAGUCUUGUUUGACUUGUAGGAAAUACAGCAUUCAGCAUAAUACAUACAGGCUUUUUAUUUUGCCAGUUGUUUCUGGAACGUGCCUCUGUGUGAACACACUUGCAGGCUGAGACUACAUUUUGAUGGUUUUUCCCCCAAAGAUUGUGUGUUCUGAUAACCAGGUCUGAGUCUUACUGGUUUGUCUAAAUAGGUAGUUCUGCAAAAUUCAUCGCCCCCUCACACAUGCACACUUCUAGCAGUCAUUUUAUUACUUGGAGCACUAGGGAAGAGAGCUUGUCUGGAGUUGGAACUGCUCAAAUAUCUCAGAUGAUGAGUUGAAUAAAAUGUCUUGUGGAUCCUU